CGAAGCGACGCCCCCAUGUGCACUAGUAAAAGCUUGCCACCACACCGGCCAGCGGCCACUGCUGCAGCUACUGCGUCCAUUGUCAGCCUACCGGCUACCGCUGCAUGCUACAGCAAGCUACUGCGCCUCUGCGAAGGUCCUUCCAUUGCUGAUGCGGCCUCUGCUGCGUGUCUCUGCGCCCCAUCGCCGGUCGGGAUCAUUAGUUUUGCAAUCCAUUGCUCCCCCCAUUCCCAUUCUCGCUAUAAAUACGAGCGUCCAGCCAUUGGAGGCCCCAUUCCAUUCUGUUUAGCUCAUACUCCUCCUCCUCCUCACCCCAUCUGCCCCAGCUCUGCUUCUCUUCUUCUCCACCUCAUUCUGUCCGCCCGCCUGUGCUGCGCAAGCCAAAUGGAGAAGGCGAGGAGGAGGCAGGUGCCGGCGUUCGGGGAGUGGAACUACUGCUACGGCUACGACGAGCCGCCGGCUGCCUACGCCCCGGAGCCGGAGGCCUGCAGCGACGUGUGGUUCAAGUACUCGCCGCCUCCGCGCAAGCCGGCGCCCAAGAAGACGAGGAGCGACGUGGCUCGGGAGAAGCAGGGGAUGCGCGCGAGGGCGUUGGAAGGCGGCGGCCUGGCGCGCGCCUCGGCCUCCAGGGUGGUGCGGCCGGUCGACGAGGACCUGUACCAGGUGCCUCCGCCGGAGCUCGCCUCUUCCCGCCGGCACCGGCCAAGACGGAAGAGGAGCCUGUGGAUGCAGUGCCUCGGCCUCAACUCGUGCGUCGCCUGAACAUCCGUGGAUGGGAUGCUGCAUGCUCGUUCUUGAGUAGGAGUAGUAACUAGGAGUAGAUUCAUCGGCCGCUCGAAUGCUCUGUGUUUUGUUUUAUUUUGUGAUCUCUUGGGAUGAUUAUAACUUGUAAUGCUUUCUAGCUAUUUAUAUUUCCACCGCAAGUUGUGUUCCAAGAUCAGCAGCAGGUCUGGCAUCGUGCCCAGGCUGGGCUGGGUCAAUGUGUUGGGACUAUAGAUUAAUUAAGACUGACGUUCUUUGA